UCUCUCUGUCUCGAAGCCUACAUCAUGGCAGACCCCUUCAACGUCACGACAGCGCACCUCGUGCAGUCACCCCGAUGGCCUCCAGCUCUAUACUCAGCAACUGGCUGGUCUGCCUGGCACUAUAUCGUGACUGUCAUACUAGGCGUGGUGUUUUAUGACCAAGUCAUGUACAUCAAGCGCAAAGGCUCCAUCGCCGGCCCAACCUUCAAGAUCCCUCUCAUGGGUCCCUUCCUCCAGGCCAUCCACCCCAAGUUCGAUGAGUACCUCGCGCAAUGGGCCAGCGGACCUCUGAGUUGCGUCUCCGUCUUCCACAAAUUCGUCGUCCUCACCUCCGACCGCGACCUCGCGCACAAAGUGUUCAAAUCGCCCACCUACGCAGAACCGUGCCUCGUCCCGAUCGCCAAAGACAUCCUGGGCCACAAAGCCUGGGUCUUCCUGCAAGGGAAAGCCCACGCCGAAUACCGCCGGGGUCUGGCGCCGCUCUUCACCAACAGAGCCAUGGCGACGUACCUGCCGGUCCAAGAGAAGGUGCUGGCGGACUACUUCGCGCGGUUCGUCGCGGCCAGCGAGAGCCAGCGCCACGCGCCGAUCCCCUUCAUGACGCACUUCCGCGAGAUCAACUGCGCGCUCUCCUGCCGCACCUUCUUCGGGGACUACAUCUCGCAGGACGCGGUGCAGAAGAUCGCCGACGACUUCUACCUCGCCACCGCGGCGCUGGAGCUGGUCAACAUCCCGCUGACCAUGUACAUCCCGUUCACGAAGCAGUGGCACGGCAAGCGCACCGCCGACGCGGUGCACGCCGAGUUCGCGCGGUGCGCGGCGGCGUGCAAGGCCAACAUGGCGCGCGGGGCGCCGCCGACCUGCAUCGUGGAUCACUGGGUGCUGCACAUGAUGGCGUCGAGCCGGUACCGGGCGCGGCAGGCGGCGGGCGAGACAGUGGCGGCCGAGGAAAAGCCGACCAACCUGAUCCGCGAGUUCACCAACGAGGAGAUCAGCGAGACGCUGUUCACCUUCCUGUUUGCCUCGCAGGACGCGUCGAGCAGCGCGACGACCUGGCUGUUCCAGAUCCUGGCGCAGCGGCCGGAUGUGCUCGAGCGCGUGCGCGCGGAGAACCUGGCCGCGCGCGGGGGAGACCGCACCCGCCCGUUCGAUCUGCCCAUGCUGGAGGCGCUGACCUACACCAAUGCCGUUAUCAAGGAGCUGCUGCGCCACCGGCCGCCGGUGAUCUUCGUCCCGUAUCUCGCGACGCGGGACUUCCCCAUCACGCCCGACUAUACCGCCCCGAAGGGGUCGAUGGUGAUCCCCUCGUGCUGGCCGGCGCUGCACGACCCCGAGGCGUAUCCAAACCCGGAUGUGUUUGAUCCGGAGCGGUGGAUCACGGGGGACGCCGAGUCCAAGACGAAGAACUGGUUGGUGUUUGGCGCCGGGGCGCACGACUGUCUGGCCCGGCGAUAUGUGCCGUUGUCGAUGGCGGGGAUGAUAGGGAAGGCGGCGUUGGAGCUGGAUUGGACGCAUCAUGCGACGGCGAGGUCGGAGGAGAUCCGGGUGUUUGCGACAUUGUUUCCGAUGGACGAGUGUCCGUUGGUGUUUAGGAGGCGGGCUUGAGCGGUUUGGCCACGAGCCACACCCACCAUUGCGCAUAACUCAUAACUAGGUAGUAAUCUACACAACCCUAAUCCAGACCCCGGACGUUGGAUACCAGCAACAACAGCAACAAUCUCCGACCCUAACUACGUCCAUCAACAAUCAAAUAUGC